AUGUGGUCAACAACUAUCCUGGCUGUUGCCUCGCUGCUUUCUGCAACAUUCACCAGUGCUUUGACAUAUAAAGGGGCCGAUAUUUCGUCCCUCCUUUUACUUGAAAGUCAAGGCAAAUCCUUUAAGUGGACAGACGGAAGCACGCAGCCCCUUGAGAGGAUUUUGAAAAAUUCAGGCGCCAACUCUGCCAGACAGCGGGUCUGGGUUAAUCCUUCUGGUGGGACCUACAAUCUCGACUAUAACGUCAGGCUUGCAAAGAGAGUCAAGGCAGCUGGAUUAAGCGUUUACCUUACAUUACACUAUAGUGAUACUUGGGCUGACCCUGCACAUCAGAACGCUCCUUCUGGCUGGCCAACUUCGAACAUCAACGACCUGACUUGGAAGACAUACAAUUACACUAAAGAUAUUUGCAACAGAUUUAAUAGCGAGGGGGUAAAUCCUGCCAUUAUUUCUAUUGGCAAUGAGAUCAGGACUGGAAUUCUUUGGCCGCUGGGCGGGACAUCCAGUUGGAAUAACAUCGCAUCUAUCCUCCACUCCGCAGCUUGGGGUAUCAAAGACUCCAAUCUAAACCCGAAACCUAAGAUCAUGAUCCACAUCGACAAUGGGUGGGAUUGGAAUACCCAACAAUGGUGGUACGACACAGUUCUCAGUCAAGGCCCCCUUCUUAGGAGCGAUUUCGACAUGAUUGGAGUUUCAUAUUACCCUUUUUAUAAUUCGAAUGCGUACUUGGGGAGUCUGAAAUAUUCUCUCGAACAACUGAGCAACAAAUAUGGCAAAGAGCUCGUUGUUGCAGAGACAAACUGGCCAGCUUCGUGUCCCAGUCCACAGUAUACCUUCCCUUCCGAUACCAACUAUAUCCCCAAGUCGAUUGCGGGACAGCGAACUUGGAUUCAAGAUGUGGGAAAAAUUGUCCAAAAUGUUAACCGGGGCGUCGGACUAUACUACUGGGAGCCCGCUUGGUUGGGGAAUGAAUGGCUUGGAUCGAGCUGUGCUAACAAUCUGCUUGUCGAUAAUAAUGGCAAGGUUCGGGAUAGCUUUUUAGCUUUCCAAAACAUCUAA